CAUGAUCUAAGGCCACAUUCUUCGGUGCCUUGUUCGACGGCUUCUUGUCUCGCCCGAGUCACCCGGCUCAUCGUGCCUAUUUAAAUCAACUGGCUCUCCCGGCCGGUAUCCCUUUGUUUGUUCUUUCGCUCCAGCAAGCUAAGCUUUACCGUUCUCUCGUUUAACUAUUCUCUCGUUUAACUAUUCUCUCGUUUAACAUUCCCUCGUUUUUACCAUUCUCUCGUUUUGACAGCUGAGUCCCCGUAACUAGUCCUCUUACCAGGCCAACUCCCCUCACCCACAGCAAUCAUGAAGUUCACGUCCGUUCUCUUCCUCCUCGGCGCCUCCCCCGCCGUCCUCGCCACGCCCGCGCCUGAAAACGGUGUGACUCCCAACACCGUGGCCGCCCUGGGCAAGCGCGCGACGUUCCCUAUCCCGGCGUCCAAGGGCUCUGUCACCUACACGAAGCCCGAGACCAUCAAAGCCGGAAAGGUUUUCGACGGCGGCUUGAAGACAUACGGACGCGGCGUCAAGUGUACCGGUCAGGCCGAGGGCGGCGAGUCUGACGCCGUCUUCCUGCUCGAGGAGGGCGCUACCCUGAAGAACGCGAUUAUCGGCGCGGACCAGAUCGAGGGCGUCCACUGCAAGGGCUCCUGCACGAUCCAGAACGUCUGGUGGAAGGCCGUCUGCGAGGACGCGCUGAGCAUUAAGGGUGAUGGAAAUGCUAGCGUCAAGGGCGGCGGUGCUACCGGUGCCGAUGACAAGGUGAUCCAGCACAACGGCUUGGGCACUGUGACCAUCGACGGAUUCACGGCCGUGGACUUCGGGAAGCUGUACCGCUCCUGCGGCAACUGCAAGAAGAUGGGGCAGCGCAACGUCGUGGUGAAGAACGUCAAGGCGUACAACGGCAAGACCCUGGUGGGCAUCAACUCCAACAAGGGCGAUAUCGCCACUAUCGACAGCAAGACCUGCGCCAGCUCCGUCAAGGAAAUCUGCGUUGAGUACGAGGGCACCACCCCCGGCAACGAGCCCAAGAAGCUCAGGUCCGGCCCCAGCAGCAACUGCAAGUACAGCUCCCUCAAGGCUUGCUAAACGGAGCAGCUCUCCGAGCCGAACUCUGCAUCCUCGCCGGUGCUUCUCACCCGAUGCUCUCGGCCAUCCUACGAGGCUACUCCAUACGAGUGCUACGGCACGCGCACUGAGGAAACAAAAAGAAAAAGAGAGCAAGCGAGCAGGACUUUCCGCAACAACUGCGAGCAGAUUCUUUACUUCGCCUCCUAGCCUAGCUGCCUCUUCUCAUGUACAUAACUUUUUUAACACUGAACAUACCUAUGCCCAGCAGCA